ACCGGCGGCAACUCUGUAUCAGGUUCUGGAAGGUGGGAAGGUAACGAGUGUCCUCUCUGCUGAUUGGAUGAACACCACACUGCCCGAGUUUGCACCCCACUCUGCUUCGUGGAGGUUUGGACCUGAUGAUGGCUCGUCCUCCCCCAGACCCUGUGUUUACUCUGAGGGGAUCAGGAGCCUCGGUUAACACACUCCACUUUCACUGUGCCGAGGCAGGACUUCCUCUGUUGUACUCGGGAUCAGGAAAAGGUUUAGUUCAGGUGUGGAACCUGAACACGCGACGAGCCGAGAGCGUUUUAGACGGCCAUGCUGGAGCUUCGGUUAUCUGGGUCAGCACCAUUCGCUCCACAAACGCCUUCCUCAGUCACGGUCGAGACAUGCAAGUAUGCGUGUGGGAUUUGCACGAGGGUCGCAGGACAGUAGCACAUUCCUUACACACAGGAAGCGUCGGGUUCUGCCAGUGUUGCCUUCUGGAGGCUGAUGGAAGUAAAACCCUGCUUGCACUUCCAGCAGAAAACAUGGAGGAGAUAAAGGUGAUGGAGCUGGCGAGUCGGACGCUGACCUGCUCUUUAAUCCCAGAGGAUAAACACGGCAUGCUGAUGUGCAUGAAAAUGUGGCAGACAGAUGCUGGUCCGCUGCUGUGUGCUGGUUAUGAAGACGGUUCUCUUGUGAUUUGGGACGUGUCCUAUAGGCGUCCUGUCAGCUGUCUGAAGGUCCAUCCUGAACCUGUCAUGUGUCUGGACUUUGACGUUUGCAAGCAGAAAGGCAUCUCUGGUUCCUCAGAUAAGACCCUCUGUUCCUGGAUGCUCGAUGGCCAGCAAAACCUUCAGAUUCAGGACUCUGUGCCAUUGACCAAUCCUGGAGUGUCCCAUCUGCGUAUCCGUUGUGACGGUAAGAUUGUAGCGACAGCUGGCUGGGACGGAAGUGUGCGGAUUUUCAGCUGGAAGAAGAUGAAGCCACUUGCUGUCCUGCAGCACCACAAAGAUUUGGUUCACAGCGUGGCCUUCAGCAACCAUCUGGAGCCUUCGAGACGUCUGAUGGCAGCAGGUUCAAAGGAUCAGCGCAUCAGCCUCUGGUCUAUUUACACAGAGAGCUGAGUUACAAAUUAACCCUCUUCGCUUCCUAGGGUGUAAAAUGUGGGAAUGUUUGAAUAUGAAGGUUACAUCGAAGCAUAUUAGCAGUUUUCUCCGUCUCAAAAGGUUCUUGCUAACUUGCAUCGCAUUACAUGAAAAGUGGGUUUUGAACAGGCUUAAAAGUUUGAGCUCGGCACACAGAUACACACAAAGCUCAAUGAUGGAUUUUAUAACUGGGGUUCUUGUGCAGCCCUGUACUUCCAGCCAGAAGGAUGAACAAUCAAUAAUAAUCAAUUAAAUAACCAAGACGUGAAUGGAGUGAGUCUUUAAGAAUACUUUCAGAAAACUCUGGGACCAUAUGCCUAUUAAUUCAAGCCAUGUGUUCCAGUAUGGCUCCCAUUUCUUUGUGUUUAUCUGUGGCUAUUGAAGUUAACACGAGUCUCCAUCUGCUCUGUGCUCCAGGCCUGAUCUAAAUCCCAGAACACAGUGACUGAGCAUCCUUCACCAAACACCAUCAAACCCAAAUGUUGGGUUGGUCUCGUCAUACCUGUGUGAGAAAGUUGGGAAGCGUACGAAAUGCUCUUCACCAUUCACACGGGUUCAUUAAGCUUGGCAGUUCUUCUCCUGGAAUGUAAGCCAAGCCGAAUGACGUCUCGGUGGUGUGUCGUGGAAAAUGUUAGUGUUUUAAAUAAAGAAUGUUGGGAGCUAGGAUACAGCAUUACUGCUGAAACAGUUCUAGAUCAAGUGGCAUCCUGAAAUGAAAUGAGCAGAUUCUUGUCGGGUAAUUCAUUAGUCACCUUUACCAAGCUCAAAAGGUCAAACGUUUUGUUUCAAUUCAUCAAGCACGGCCAACUUAAUAGCACACAAACACAAACUGGCCGUUUUAAUCCGUUACACUGUCAGGCGCAAAGCUGAAACUUUUUCCAUCGACACUGUUUGCUUUCCUGCUUCGAGAGAUUUGUAUUCGUGCUCUCAAGUCGCACCUGAGCGGCUGCGUAUAACUCACGGUUUGUUUUCUUAGAAACCGGUGGCGAACUUAAACGCUGCCCUGUGGACUGACCCUGCCUGCAUUCAUCACACCGAGUUAAUCAGUAGCGCACGGACAGGCCUGUUUGUUAGCAAGAUUCAUUGGGCCUGCUUAGCCACGGAAAAAAUCUCCUGAAGCGGGCAAAUGAAUUGUGACACUGAUUGUGUUAUUGUGUUUUAUUACACUGAAAUUUGUUUCUAAUGAAACAGCGAGUGUGAUGGAUUAAUCAACCCCCCCCCAAAAUAAAUUAGUUUUGUUUUAA